UUUCUCGAUGCAGGUUCUAGAGAUGCCGUCAAGGCGCAUAUUUCGGAAAGUAUAGAGUUCAGUGUAUACAGCCCUGGUCAGUAGUAACCGGUCGCAAUCCUCCAAUUUGACCAGAGUAGUCGGGAGGUGAAAGACCAGUGAUAUUCGCAGAGUUCCCUGCAAGUGGCGCCUCCACUAGUCGAGUGGCCGCCGGUACGGUUGACGGGCGCCGCAUCGCUGUCAUAUUGUUGCGGCUCGCGCACCCAGUAUGUUACACUCGUGGUAGUGACAUUUCUCUAGUGGUAUUCGUGGCUAAUAUUUGUACCGAUAUUCAUCAAUGUAAUAGUGUGCUCCUUGGUAGGCUCGCAAGUGUUAAAGUAAAAUAAGAGUGUGUUUGUAUCUUCAUCGGUGGGCGUAUUGGUGCGCGUCCAAGCUCGAGUGCAGGAGUGGCGUUUCCCUGCAUUCCGUCAAACGUUGGCGACAGGGCUGCCAGGAGAGCGAGAGCGAGCGGUGGUCUCGCGUGCGAGAGGCACGCAACCGGGAUACGGGAUCCGCCGUAGGAAACGAGCGAGAUCCCGAGCGCGGUGCCGAGAGUUUGUUGGUGCGGUGUGUGCGGCAAAUGGCAGUGGUGAGAUCAAUGUGGCUGAAACAUGGCUGAGGAGCUGCUGGUUACCUUAAACCGUAGCGACUCGUCGAGCUUUGGUUUCUCGCUUCUUGGGACAGCCGGACCGCCGCACGUCAUCUACGAUAUUGUUGAGAACUCGCCGGCAGCCGAGAGCGGCAAGGUCGAGGCCGGUGACGUUAUACUCAGGGUGAAUGAAGUCGACGUCAACCGAUUUAGUACUAAAGAAGUACUAAAAUGUCUCCGGCUCUCGUCAGAUCCAGUUACCCUAAAGCUACGAAGGGAUCCCGCCAUAAAAGCCCGAGUUAGGCGGUUCCUUUCACCUGGUCAGGAGAGCGAGGAUCUCGAGGUUACGAAUGCCUCCCGGACCACCUCCUCCGAGGGCAAUCCUAGGGAGAGAUCGUCCGGAAGUUGCGAGGAAAAGGAAAAGAGGAAAUCCGCAUCGCCUGAUUUAGCUGUUGGAUCACCCCAGGGUCCUACGGGAGCCUCGCAGUAUGCGACCAGAAGUAACGGUUCGUACAGCGAUGCUUCCGGUUCCUCCGAACUGGAGGCUCUACUUCCGCAAGUUGACAGCUUCAAAGAGGAAGAGCGCGCACAGUGGGAACCCCUUUCCGGUGACAAGUUUAGCCGGCAGAAAAAUACUCCCAGGUUCGAAGCUUACAUGAUGACCGGGGAUCUUAUGCUGAACCUAUCGCGAACGCAGCAGAGCACCGGUCUCCUCCCGAAGUAUCAGAAAAAGGUGGACUCGUUGAGGUACAACAAUCACCAUAUACACCAUCACCAUAAUCACCACAAUCACCACCAUCAUAACUCGGUACCCACAAGUCCUAACGAAAUGCUGGGUCACCGAAUGUACAAGGGGACUGGCUCCAACUCGGCCAGUACCUCGCCCGUUGGGAUUAGCAAGCGCGAAAGCACCCAAGGCUCCUCCGGAGAUACGAAAUCUAAUGCUAAUUUCGGCUACUCGAGUGGUUUUGUGCGAACGUCUCGGUCGGAGGACCAUUUGCAAUUCCAAAAGGACCCCUCGAUGAGCGCGGUGGACAUAGAUAUCGAUGACGACGUCACGUCCAGCCUAAACACGUUAUUGGACACACGACCCGACAGUGGCCAAGGGGUGUCGAGCGAACGAAUAGUUUGGACGUACAAUGCGCCCGUCAGCUCGCCAUCUGCGUCAGAGCGAACCUCUUGCUGUCAAAAUGGCAGCUCCUCCCAAUCCUCUAGUAGUUCCUCGACCGAGGGAACGAGUCCACAACGAUCCCUAUCCCCAGCAUCCCCGACCUCGGUUUCUUCUUCCGUGAUGUCCUCCAAUUCUGGCUCCCGCAGGUUCCCUCUGCCGGUCGCGACGGGCGCACCGCUAGGUCCUUCGGGAGAUGGAUCCUCAACAGCUGGCUUCCACCCUACCAACGGAGACCUCAGCCAAUCGGAGGCCAUCAGCAACAUGUCCAGUCCUGAUUACAACGACGAAGAAACCAUGGAUAUACUUAGUGCGCGUGACAUUAUGAUGGUUAGUGAUCCCAGUGACAGUGACUCCACAAUAUUAGCAAGUGAACCGCCUCAAAGGAGACUGAAAAGCUCUGGCUAUGGGGCAAGCCAAGACAGCAGUGAGCAUAGAAUAGUGAUUCAAGUUAAGGGUCCUGACAAGGACACCACUACGAGAAACACAACCAGCCCCAGGCAACCACGGCGGCGGGGGAAUGCUGGUACAACCGAACUCCUUCCGCCGCCACAAUCUACACAACGUUCUGCGUCUAAUAUGAAUUCAGGCAACGUUACGCCUGAAUUUGUUGGUUAUCAGGAGCUAAAGGAAAGCGAAGACGAAAGAGAGAUUCCAAACCUGGGUGCCUGCGACGAUCAAAAGCCAAGUGGUACCUCGCCGCCCCAAUCUGCUGACGAAGAAAGUGAUAUCGAGAGUCUGCACAGCUUCCAUUAUAGUCCGAAAGCCGUGGACCUACCCUCGGCAGUUCGACUGGCCAAAAGGCUAUACUCUUUGGAUGGUUUUAAGAAAUCCGAUGUCUCCCGUCAUCUUAGUAAAAACAACGACUUCAGUAGAGCCGUAGCCGAAGAAUACCUGAGGUAUUUCAACUUCGAACGGGACACGCUGGACGUAGCCCUCAGAAAGUUCCUUGCUCAGUUCUCAUUGACUGGGGAAACCCAAGAAAGAGAGCGGGUUCUUGUACAUUUCUCCAAGAGAUAUCUCGACUGUAACCCCGGCACCUUUAAUUCUCAAGAUGCUGUUCAUACCUUAACAUGUGCUAUAAUGCUGCUCAAUACCGAUCUUCAUGGUCAGAAUAUCGGUAGGAAAAUGUCGUGUUCGGAAUUUAUAGAGAAUCUGUCAGAGCUCAAUGAUGGGGAUAACUUUCCCAGAGAGGUGCUCAAACAGCUUUAUAAUGCUAUCAAGUCAUUCCCUCUGGAAUGGGCACUGGAUGAUGAAGGUGAUGAGACAGCAUCUCAGGUAAUGCAGCAAGGUGACGGUCCAGCGUUGUCAGGCACUGGGAAUCCAUUUUUAGAUGUGCCAAACGUUAUCGGUGCUACGGAAUUCAAGAAGGGAUACGUAAUGCGCAAAUGCUGUUAUGACGCAAAUGGAAAGAAAACGCCUUUUGGGAAACGAGGUUGGAAGAUGUAUUAUUGUACAUUGAGAGAACUUGUUUUAUACUUGCACAAAGACGAACAUGGCUUUCGUAGUGACAGUUUGCACAAUGCCAUACGCAUCCAUCAUGCACUCGCAACCAAAGCGGCCGACUAUACAAAGAAACAGCACGUCUUCAGGUUACAGACUGCCGAUCAAGCCGAGUAUCUUUUCCAAACAAGCGAUUCGAAGGAGCUGCAAUCCUGGAUCGAUACCAUCAAUUUUGUAUGCGCGAGUUUCUCGUGUCAGCCCCUCGCUGGUGCGGUUGGAUCUCAACGAAAAUUUCAACGGCCUCUGCUUCCAUGUAGCCACACUAAGUUGCCUCCUAGGGAGCAGUUACGGGACCACGAAGAGAGGGUCAGCAGGCUGGAAGCAGAACUGGACGAGCACAGGCGACAUCCGCCGGAAAGAGGCGCGAAAGCUCUGACUGUUCAGAAUUAUAAGGAAAAAGACGCCUACUUACACUAUGAGUUAAAGAGAUACAAGACGUACGCCUACUUACUGCGUUCGAGAUUAGCCUUCACCGAGGUCGAGCCUUCCUUGGUAGAGAGCAGUAUCGGAGAGGUGGAUGAAGGAGGUGGUGCUUUGCUGAAUCCGGAGGUGGCUCUGGUGCCACCACCGGUUCCUGAUCGUCCAGCCACAAAUAGGUACAGUUACAGGGCUGCCAUUUACAACCGUAAUCUUCUGAACGGUCAGGAUUACGGCGGGGACAUUGGUUGACGCGUGAUGGGUGUCUUUUCAGCAUGUGUGGUGUAGUCUGACCUGCAUACGUAGGCGGGAAGCAUCAGCUGACAUUUGGAGGAAAAAUGACCAAAAAAAAGUAUAAAAUAAAUAAAUUAAAUCGAUACAACGUAGCUGCUGCUAGAUGCUUUGCCAUAUUGCGUUGCAGCAUCCGUUCCAUUUUCCCUUGAUUAUAAUAACAAUUAUCGUCAUGGGAUAUAUGGAUUUUUAUUUACGGCUCACAGCAUAUUUCGGUCCGAGUUGGAUCUGGAUAUUUAUUUUUAUUCGACAUCGUUCGAAGUCGUCAUGACGAUAAACCUUUAUCUAUAUGGUCAAUCCAAAAAUGUGAAAGAAAAAAGCGGCUGUUGCAUCCGCCUGCAUAUUCAGACUCCUAUUCCAUCGUGGCCGAAAUUAACUGGUGGUUGGUGGAUCAGGGCUCAGAGCUAAUACAAUAUAGUAUUGUACAUUAUUUAAUACUAAUACUUAAUAGUUUACCGAAGUGUUGAGAUUUAGCAAGGCUCGAUCAGGCUCGUGCCUUGGGAAAAGAUAAGAACAGUUGAGUAUUAAAACAAAUUAAUGGUACAGUGUCAAAGGUCUAUCGUCGUAUAAUUCUAUGAAUUUCAAUGGUUAUAUGCAUGUUACGUAGUAAGCAAAUAACAGUAACAGUGGUCGAAUUCUGUGAGAUGGCGCCUAGGGAAAAUGCAAUAUUGCCGGUUGCAUGUUCGCUGGGCGUGACGUCGAGGUGUACUGAUAAAAAAUAAUUGUGACGUGAAUUAUUGAACGAAGGCUUUAUCGUUGAAAAUGUAUGAAGCAGCUAGAUGUAUUAUUAUGAAUGUUCAAUGGAAAAUAAAGCGAUAUCAUUUGUAUUGUACAGUUUUGAUUAAGUACAAUGGCGCAGUGAUCUCUACAAUUAACAACAGACUUCUGUAUGUUUAAUGAGAUCUAACUAGUGGCAGAUGGGACAAAUGUGAUAUUUUCUUUAUCGUGAUUAUUAUUUUUUUUUUAAUACUAAGCAACAAAUUGGAAACAAAUUGACCACUGUUACGUUAUCAUUGCUAUAUCAGAUCAUCUGCAUUCAAACUCGAUGUGAGAAUAUUAUUUAAUAUGCGAAUCGAUGGAUGCCUUCGUACCAUUUACUUGUCUUCGGCUUACGACUCAUGCUUUUUGCGUUCUUAAUUAACAUUCUUUUUUUGUCAUUUCCUUGUUAACGUGACGAUCAUAACAUAUAUGCUUUACCACUGCUCUCUUCAAAUUAUAUUAGGGGUUUUUAUUACGUUCGUUUGUGGUGAGUUUGAGCGUGAAUCUAUGUUUUUCAAUUAAGACGAAUACAAUUGUUUAUUAGAUGUUUAAAUACAAAUUCCAUUACGUGUAAGGGCUCCGUUGUGGAGAGUCAAAUAUAUAAUUUUUUUAUUUUGUUAACUUGAACGUCAUACUGUACCAGAUUUCAUUGCUCACGUCGUUAUACGCUACGAAGGAGAUAUAAAACUUAUCGUAAUACGAAUGUAUGAAUCUUGAAAAAAAAAAUGGUGCGUGUCAACUAAGGUCAUUCGAGAAUCAAGUGCAUCUUGGAUGAAUUCUUCUUAAGUUGAUAAUUAUAUUGUUUCAGAGGUUUUAACGAUUCUUGGAAUCAACAAGAGAUAUAAAGUACGUUACUUUCCAUA